GGAACCAGCCCCGCGGCCGGCGCCGCUCACGGUACGCGCAGGCCCGGCAGACCCCCCGCGGCCAGCAGCGCUUCCCCGCCGGGGCCGAAGGACCCUCCGAGCCCUCCGCUCCCCGCGGGGACCCGCAGGAUGCCGGAGUGCUUUGUGGGGAACUGCUGCUUGAUCAUGUUUGCCAGCCUGGAGUUCACUUGAAGCCCUGUUGUAUGCCAUGGACUACUGAGCUUGUGGGAUUGGCCUGGGUAGGUCACCUGGAAUCCUUCUCAAGUCAUGUGCAGCAGAACUCCAUCAGGAAGCCACUUCUGUGUGUUCUGGGCCAGGGCCAUGGCCACCACCGGCAGGGUGGCAGCGUUUGUCUGGCAGCCCCUGGCACUGGCUCACCAGCAUCCCCUGCAGGUCUGACAGGACCCCCUGCUGCAGCCAUGGUUGUGGAUGAUGUACCCGGCUUAGAGAGCUCUGCCUCCUGCUGCUCCUCAGCCAUGGCUGACUCCGUGGAUUUGGAUUCGGGACUGGAGGAAGAUGAAGUGAAGCAGGAAGCUACUCCUCAGGAUUCCACCAUCUUUGUAGCUUUUAAAGGCAAUAUAGGAGACAGAGACUUUGAGCAGAAGCUAGAGAUCAUCCUGGAGAACGUGCCUGGCCUUCUGCACAUGGAGUCCAAGAAGCUGAAGCUGCAGAAGGUUGAGCCCUGGAACAGUGUCCGAGUGACCUUCAACAUCCCGCGGGAAGCUGCGGAGCGGCUGCGGGUCCUGGCGCAGAGCAACAACCAGCAGCUGCGGGACCUGGGCAUCCUCUCCGUGCAGAUUGAAGGGGAAGGUGCUAUCAACUUAGCCUUGGCUCAGAGCAGGAGCCAGGAUGUGCGGAUCAACGGCCCCCUGGGGGCAGGCGGCUCGGUGCGGCUGGAAGCAGGCUUCCCCAUGCAGGGGGGGCAGGGUUAAGUCGCCUUUGCUCUUCAGUUGGGCAGCUUUUACACUUGG